CCAGCACCCCCUGCGCCUCCAUCACAUUUCCGGAAUCCACCUGCAAGAUGGCGGCUUCUGAGGCGUGUGAUUCCCCGACAGAAGCGCCCCAGACUGCUGCGGAAGAGGAGGAAACGAAAACAUUUAAAGAUCUGGGUGUGACAGAUGUAUUGUGUGAAGCUUGUGACCAGUUGGGAUGGGCAAAGCCCACCAAGAUCCAGAUUGAAGCUAUUCCUUUGGCUUUGCAAGGUCGUGAUAUUAUUGGGCUGGCAGAAACUGGCUCUGGAAAAACAGGUGCCUUUGCUUUGCCCAUUCUGAAUGCGCUUUUGGAGACGCCCCAGCGGUUGUUUGCCCUGGUUCUCACCCCCACUCGAGAGUUGGCCUUUCAGAUCUCUGAGCAGUUCGAAGCGCUGGGGUCCUCUAUUGGAGUGCAAUGUGCUGUGAUUGUUGGUGGAAUUGAUUCAAUGUCCCAAUCUCUAGCCUUGGCCAAAAAACCACAUAUAGUAAUAGCCACUCCUGGCCGACUGAUUGACCACUUGGAAAAUACCAAAGGCUUCAACUUAAGAGCGCUCAAAUACUUAGUCAUGGAUGAAGCAGACCGAAUACUGAACAUGGAUUUUGAGACAGAAGUUGACAAGAUCCUCAAAGUGAUUCCACGAGAUCGGAGAACAUUUCUCUUUUCUGCUACCAUGACCAAGAAGGUGCAAAAACUUCAGCGUGCAGCUCUGAAGAACCCUGUGAAAUGUGCUGUUUCCUCUAAAUACCAGACUGUUGAGAAAUUACAGCAGUAUUAUCUUUUUAUUCCAUCCAAGUUCAAGGACACCUACCUGGUUUAUAUUCUAAAUGAAUUGGCUGGAAACUCCUUUAUGAUAUUCUGUAGCACCUGCAACAAUACUCAGAGAACAGCUUUGCUACUCCGGAAUCUUGGAUUCACUGCCAUCCCCCUCCACGGACAGAUGAGUCAGAGUAAGCGCUUAGGUUCCCUUAAUAAGUUUAAGGCCAAGGCUCGUUCCAUUCUUCUAGCAACUGAUGUUGCCAGCAGAGGUCUAGACAUACCUCAUGUGGAUGUAGUGGUCAACUUCGACAUCCCAACUCAUUCUAAGGAUUACAUCCAUCGAGUAGGGCGGACAGCGAGAGCCGGGCGCUCUGGAAAGGCUAUUACUUUUGUCACACAGUACGAUGUGGAACUGUUCCAGCGCAUAGAGCACUUGAUUGGAAAGAAACUGCCUGUCUUCCCAACACAGGAUGACGAGGUUAUGAUGCUCACAGAGCGUGUGACUGAAGCCCAGAGAUUCGCCCGAAUGGAGUUGAGGGAACAUGGAGAAAAGAAGAAACGGAAGCGAGAGGAUGCCGGAGAUAAUGAUGACACAGAGGGAGCCAUUGGUGUCAGGAACAAGGUGGCUGGAGGGAAGAUGAAGAAACGGAAAGGCCGUUAGCCCAUAAGAAAGACAGCUCUGCUUCCUAGCUGUACAGAGAUACAGUGAAACCCCUCCAACAGAGUCCUGAGACUGGAUUCUGUCCCGACACUGCUCGGUGGCUGCCUGCUGGUUCCUGUCUGCAGGUUGGAGUGUCACUGUUAUAGGACAACUUCCCAGAGCUGUGGCCAGGACAGCUGCUCUUCAGCUUGUGUUCCUCACCCUCGGCGUGAGUGGCGUGUGCGCGUCCCUCCUUACUCGCAGGUCAAGGACUUGGUUGAUGAAGCAGACUGUUUAGUUCAUUGUAAAGAAGCUUCUACAGACUGGCAUUUGAAUCAUCCUGGCUCCUGCUUCAUUAAGCCUGAGGUGAAACAAUAAAUUUCAAUGUUGUUUUUAAAUGAUUCACUCUUUUAACACUCUUGGUGUUAAAGACAUUUGGAGAGCUUGCUAAUAGGUGCCUGCCCUUGUGGUUACAUGGCAGAUUCAUUGGUUGUCCUUGAAUUAAGGUCAACAUUAUU